AUUUAUGAUAAACACAUGCUCACGUUUUGCGAUCUUUAUAAAAUUUCGCACGGUUGAAAUAAAUAUAAUAAAGUUGUGUGUGUUACAUAUAAUACUAUGAUCAUGAAACGAAAGAUUCGAAAAAUUGUAUUUCACUCAUGAGUGGGAUAAAACAAAAGAAUUUUUUGUUUUUGUCAGCGUUUUUCAUUGAAUAAAGAAGUUUCUAGCCAAAUACAUAGUUAGAAAUUACCAUUGGUAUAUGAACUAUAAUUAAAAGUGAUUGUACUGAAAAAUGGGAAAAGUCUGUGCGGUAUUUGAUUGUCCAAGUGGUCACAACAAGGACAAAGUUCGUCGAAAACAAGCGGGUCUCCAGCAAGUUUCUUUAUUUAGAGUGCCAAAGCAAGCUGAUAUGCUUGAAAAAUGGAACAAAAUACUCGAAAUGAGUCUCUCACCCAAGGAUCUUGUUUGCGAGCUCCAUUUCCCAUCUCAGUGUAUCUUGGCAGAAUAUAUCACCGAAAUGCCUGAUGGCACUUUACACCGAAUGCCUCGUGACAGAUGUGAUCUAGCUAAAGAUGCUUUACCUAUUUCUGGAACAAGAGAGGAAAAUGUAGUACUUUGUCAGGAUGAGGCGCUGGAGCAAAAUAAUUCAUUAGAUUCGCCAGUUGUUAUAAAAACUGAGAUAAAAGAAAGUUCAAUUAAUUCUUCACAAGAUGAUCUACUUUUAAUUAGUGGUUUAGAAGGUUCUCCUGACUGUAGAGAGGAUAUUGAAGAGAUAGAAACCAUAGAAGAACAUAUAGAACAAAUCGAUGAUUGUGAGCCCGAAUUGGAAACAGAAAAGUUUUCGAUUGAUGAUAUUGUGCGCUACUUCAAAGAAACACCAUUGCGACCUGCUUGGUGUUGGAUGCGGAACAUGCGAGAUCAGAACUGUGUUAUCUUAACGCAAUUGGAUCCGUGCACGUUAUCAAUACGAUUAGUUCUGAAACUGCACAACAAUCUCUCUGUUACGCUGCAUACGAGCGACGAUAAAGUGAUACUCGAAUUAAACGGUCUGAUAACGUCAGUGCAGAAAAUUGAACGCCUUUUGGAUACGAUGGAAAGGAAAACGGUCGUUUGCAGUGGUACAGGGUUCGACUAUAAAAGUCGAGCAGACGAAUGCUCUGGAUUCAUGUCGCCCAAGGAUUUUGGUCGGUUCGUUCCUGUACCGAGGUGUGAUGAGUGUCAAAGACUACGCAAAAAUUUACGGAGACGAAGAAAAAUGGAUGUUCAUACUCGAAACGAACAGACUCACGUAUCUGAUGACGAUGAAUCAUAAAACAAACUCUAAUGUACAUCCGUGGUGAUUCUUCUGAGAAUUCAUUCAAUCGGCAGCCUGUCCAACAUCGAUUGCUUUGUAAUUUUAGAAUAACUAGCGUAAUAAGAAACUUAUUUUUUUUACAUGCAAACAUUUUAAUCAUUACACUGUGAUGAUUCAACAAAUUUGUGGUGAUUUUAGUUUGCAAUCUCAGUACAUUUUAGGAGUUUCCCUAUAAAUAUUGAGGGUAGUCAUAGGAGAUUCUUGCAAACUUCUAUGAGUUUUGUUUAUGCCAUAAAGUUUGUAUUCUUUAGCAGCAUCCAAGAUUUGACUAGUAUUUAUUUCUCGGUUUAAUUUUUGUUGUCGAGUUCAGGUGGUUGUGAUAAAAAAAAUGAGGCAUUGAUUGUGUGUCUCAUCUUUCACCCCUGACCCAAAAUACCCGAACUCUCGGUAUUAAAAUUGGGAAUCCCAGAUCGAAUCUAUUUUACAAUACGUCUUGGUUUUGAAAUUUAUAUUGAAUUCACUUGUGCAUGUUCAACAUGAAUCUCAUUCACAUUUUUCCAUUCUCACUGAAUUAUCUUUAUUUUAUAAUAAAGCAAAGAAUUACUGGAAAUUUCGAAUCGUUCUUUGGAUUUCAUUUGAUUUCCUUUGACGAUUUUUCAAUGAGACAGUUUCUGAAAUAAAAAAAAAAUUCAUGGUCGAUGUUUCUCUAAUAACGAACUUGAAUAUAGUAUUAAAAACUCGGUAGAUUCGUUGAAAAAAAAGAUCCUCGCACGAAGAAAACCUCAAAAGUGACCACUUUUUUUUUUUCGAGUUCACGUUCGUGACAUUCUCUCGCAAGGUAUCCUUUGAAGAAUGUUGUCAUUAAAUCGUAAAACGUCUUAAUAACAAUUAACCACGAGGCGAGGGUAGAAAAAAAGUCUCUGAGAAGCGAGAUAUUGUUCGAAUUGCUCGCAUGACGGGAACGCAAAAAGUCGUGUAAAAAAUAUUCGUUUCGUACAGAGGGGUAUUAUCGAUCGACCGCAAUGUGUCAUUAUCGUUGGAAAUCAUGAAUGGAAGUAAUGGAAACGUGCGUGCCCGGUUGCUUUUAUCUUUGCCACCCAUGGUGUUCGACUAUGCACACACUCAUUUUCGACAUGUAUAUUUUGGUUUGUACGUAUGUAUACAUGUACAAGACACGCGAGGAUAUUUGCCGGAUGUGAUAUAGCAGCAUCUCGAGGGACUCGCUUUACUCACACGAACUGCGAGAUUUCACCUAGUCCACCCCUUUCUCAUUCCGUUUAUUACUUACUUCUCACGAAUGCUCGUACGUGCGAACUGAAUACUGAACGUUGGCUCGUGAGUUAUUAUCUUGCUUCUUCCUUUCAUAUCCAACCAAUAUUAUAUUUAAUUGCUUCGUGUACCAUCGAUCAUACUAAUUUUCGGUAAGCAUACUCGGAUGAAGGUUUUCUCUUCUCCAGUUUUAGUCAUGCCAUAAUCAUAUUUCAUUUUUAUUAUUACAACUUAAGAUAGAACGAUUAAAUUGAUUUAAAUAUUAUUUCUAUUCAGAAUAAAAUUUACUAAAUUUCGUCAAAUAUCUUGUGAAAAAUCAGAGUGACGGUUGAAAUUUGAAUUAGUUUUGCCUGACUCAAGUAGUAGCAGAUUUUUCGCUCCGAUCGGCUCCGAGCAUGUAAACAAACAUAACCUUGAAGUUUUAGCCAUUUUCUAAAUGACGAAUGACGAAUCACAAGCUCCUUCGUGCAGUUCACGUUGCAAUACAUGAAAAAAUUGAGCCUUAGAAAAAUGUCACGAGUAGAAUAAGAUAUAUGAAAAUGAAACAGAUCUCGACUACGAGUCGUAUUGUUAAAAAAAAAAUAGUAAACAAAACAUUCUCCGUUUGUUUCUCUCUCUCAAAUUUUCGAAUAAAGUUAAAGGUACAUUCCCGUGGCUUAUAA